AGCGUCCUGCGCCCCACAGUCGGGGCAUCCCGUUCAUAUCGCCCCCCCCCGCACUGCUGCACCCUGUCAAUAUCGCACCCCGUCCGUACUGCACCCCACUGCUUGCUGCAACGCGCAGCUGCUGCCCACCAGCACCGCGCCCAGCCGGUACUGCACCCCAUUGCCAUCGCACCCCAUUGCUGGCACCCUAUCACCGCCGCACCCCGCGGCUGCUGCAUCCCAAUAGUUACACUGGGAGUGGGAGGUUUAUGUCCCCCCGAGGUUGGGACCCCGCAGGAGUGUCGGGAGGAGCGAAGGGGUGCGGGAGGACGCGGCUCCGGGCAGGCUGCGGUGCCCCCCGCCCCCCGCUCCUGCUGCCGCCGGUGGGGCGGUGCUGCCGGCGCGGCGGGACGGCCCCAGCGGCCGCAGGAGCCCUCCCCCUCCCGCGGCCGGGGCUGGGCUGCCCCGCACCGCACCGCCGAGCAGGAGCGGCCGGAGGAUGGGGCUCAUCACAGUGAAGCUUUGGAGACCCUCAACGAGGGAGCAGCCCAACCAAGGAAGACAGCAAGGGAUUGCAGUCUGACCCACACAGCUGGCAGGGUGAUGAAGCUGAAUGAGCGAAGCGUGGCCCACUAUGCCACCUGUGACUCACCCGCUGACCAUGCCGGCUUCCUGCGCAAGCGGGUGGAACGGCACCACCACCAUGCCCACCACUACAGCACCUCCUACCAGCGCCGCUGGUUUGUCCUCAAGGGCAAUCUCCUCUUCUACUUCGAGGAGCGGGAGAGCCGUGAGCCCGUGGGGCUGGUGGUCCUGGAGGGCUGCACCGUGGAGCUGUGUGAGGCUGCUGAGGAGUUCGCCUUUGCCAUCCGCUUUGACGAUGCUGGCGCCAGGGCUUACGUGCUGGUGGCUGACGGGCAGGCUACCAUGGAGGCCUGGGUGAAGGCACUUUCGCGGGCCAGCUUCGACUACAUGCGGCUGGUGGUAAAGGAGCUGGAGAAGCAGCUGGAGGAGGCUUGCAAGAGCUUGGCCGCUUGCCGCAAGUCUCCACGGAGGUCCUCCUCCUCUGGCAGGAAGAGGCAUCUCUCCAACCCAGCCUUGCUGCCUCUCCAGGAGAAGCCUUCCAUCCUGGAGAACGGUUACUCCACAUGGGGUAGUGGUGGUUGUAUCCCCGAUGGGGCUGCCUGCCCUGACCAUGAUGGGGGGCAAGCAAAGCCCCCACCUCUGCCUCCUCGCCGGCGCUCGGCCACUGGCAGCGCCACAGGGUCCCCAGCGCCUAGCCUCUCACCAGCCAUGCUGGAGAGCCCAGUGUCACCAGACACGAUCUGUUUCUCCAAGCUGCACAACUGGUACGGGCAGGAGAUCGUGGUGCUGAGACGAGAGUGGCAGGAGAGGCAGAAGAGGGGACACCUGUGACUGAGGGCGCAGGACGCAAGUCACCAACCAGCUGAUGCCUGUCAGCCUGUCUCCCACAUGGGAAGAGCAGAGCAAGGGACUCAGUGGCUGAGUGUGCAGUGUGUGUAUGCUUCAGAGGGUGUGUGGGAGGGAUCCGAGUCUUCCCCAAACUUCAUGUUUCACUUCCAUGAGGCUUUGUACAGCCGGAGUGUGUAAUACCAGGAGAGCCACCUCUGAACUCUCCUCUGCUGGUGAUAUGAGGUGUGGAGGGGGCCCAAAUCAGCAUGUAUGCAACAAACCUCAGCCAAAAGGCUUGGCCCCUUGCCGUCUUGGCGGGCAUGCUUCAUCACCCACCUCUCAUUCACCGCUUUUUUUUGGUUUUGUUUCUCAGUGUGGAAGUUUGCACGGGUCAGCGUUUAUUAUUAUUAUCUGUGGUCUUGC